CAGCCACCGGACAUCCCUUGGAGGCAGUUUACAACGUUCUGUUUGCAUGACAUUUUACCGUGACAGCCAAGGCUCCCAACGACUCAAAUAAGCGCCACGAUUCCAACAUAUCGCUGUCUUUGCGUACAAGUGCACAGAAUCGAGCACCACCCGAUAAAACCCCGCCCAGCCCAUCGCACAACCACCUGCUCGUCCCGACACACACACUUGCGGCGCAGCGUCACAAACGGCCCCGGCCGGGACGAUAGCCACAAGCCAGGAUCAUGUCGGCAAUCCUGUCUGCAGACGAUCUCAACGACUUCAUAUCGCCCGGUGUCGCCUGCAUCAAGCCCAUCGAGACCCUCCCUGCACCCCCGCCACCGACCGACGACAAUGGCGUAGGCCUCGAGCACGAAGUCAUCCUCGACGGCCCUGGUGCCCCCCAGGCCGCCGCCACUUCCGCAGAGCCGACCCAGAUAUCGCUCACAGACUGCCUCGCGUGCUCAGGCUGCGUCACCUCCGCCGAAGCCGUCCUCGUCAGCCUGCAGAGCCAUUCGGAACUGCUGACUGUGCUGGACGGCGCACCGGGCCUGCGCAUCGAGAAGGAUGAGGCGACGGGCAAGUUCAGCGUACUCGGGCUGGAACACCCAGAGGCGAGACUCUUCGUCGCCAGCGUCUCGCCACAGACGCGCGCGAGCUUAGCAGCCGCUACCGGCCGAGGCGUUCGAGAACAAGAUGCCGGCAACAUGAUCUCGCAGCUCUUGUCUGGCGAGGCGGGACUCAGAGCUGGCGGGAAGUGGAACAAUGCUUUCAGCUGGGUCGUCGACACCAACACUGCUCGCGAGGCGUGCCUGGUCCUCGGCGCGGAAGAGGUUCUCGCGGGCGAGACGGCGCCCGGCGCGGCAAAGAAGCCCAUCCUCUCCUCGAGCUGCCCGGGGUGGGUCUGCUACGCCGAGAAGACGCACCCUUACGUCCUGCCGCACAUCUCGCGCGUCAAGUCGCCACAGGCGCUCAUGGGGACGCUGCUCAAGACUUCCCUGAGCCGGAUAUUGGGCAUCUCGCCGGACAGGAUAUGGCAUCUGGCGGUCAUGCCCUGUUUUGACAAGAAGCUCGAGGCUAGCCGUGAAGAACUGACAGAUUCUGUAUGGGGUGGUGAUGGCAAGCCCGGGAGGGGUGUUCGUGAUGUCGAUUGCGUCAUCACGAGUAAAGAGAUUCUCAUGCUGGCAGAGUCCCGAGGACUCGAUUUCUUCAGCCAGUCGAGAACGGCCGUGCCCGCAACCCAGCAGGCGCCAUUUCCAGAUGCGACCUUGAGUCGGUUCCUGUUCCCGCCACGAAGCAAGAGACAGACAGACCCGGCAGCUGGAACGUCUGGCGGAAAUUUGCACUACAUUCUCAACCAUAUUUCGACCCAGCAUGCCGGCUCUCGGAUCGAGACUGUGCGAGGCCGCAAUGCUGACGUUGUCGAGUUCUCAGUCAUUGCGGCCUCUGGAGAGCCCAUAUUCAAGGCCGCCAGAUACUAUGGGUUCCGGAACAUCCAGAAUCUUGUGAGAAAGCUCAAGCCCGCGAGGCAGUCACGGAUGCCAGGGGCACGCCCGAUGGGCGGCGCCAGAAAACCCGCUGGGAAGUCGUCCGGACUGGAAUUCGCCUAUGUUGAGGUCAUGGCAUGUCCGGGUGGCUGCACCAACGGCGGAGGACAAGUGAAAGUCGACGAUCCGAUCAUCAUUGAGCGCAGCGGCUUGAGCGCGAAGCCAGACCUGCAAGAGCAGAAGUAUUGGCUGGCGCAGGUUGACGAGGCGUACUUCUCAGCGGACGACGCUGACGGAGAGACUACGGCGGGCAGCAGCGGAGACAUUGUUUGUGGCAUUUCCCCUUUAUAUAUACGAGAUACCCUGACGCAUUGGGCUGGCGUCACUGGCAUAGAAUUGGAUAGAUUGGUGUCGACGAGCUAUCGCGAGGUGGUCAGCGAUGUGGGCAAGAACAAGCCCAGCGACACUGAGCGGGUAGUUCAGCUUGCCGGCAAGAUUGGCGGCGGGUGGUAAAAGACCUUGGACGCUCCCGGGAGUAGCAUAUAGCAUAGCUUUGGUAGCAUAUUUCACCAGCGC